UUAUGGACAUGGAGGAUAUGCGAGAUGAUAAUCAACCUUCAGAGCAGAAUUCUCCUAUUGGUUCAUGGUGGCCUUCAGAUUUUGCUGAGAGUUUUGGAUCUAUAUCCUUAGAGUCUAGAAAUGAGAAUCUAAGGAGAAAAGAAUACAAUAACAAAGAGAAGUAUGACAGAUUAUCAUAUAAAAGAGCAUCACAAAUCCUAUGGAGCACAGGAAUGCUUUCUGAACCAAUUCCAAAUGGUUUCUACUCUGCUGUACCAGAUAAAAAGCUCAAGGAACUAUAUGAAGAUAUACCUACGUUGGAGGAGCUUAAUGCUUUGGAGCAUGAGGGUUUGAGGGCGGAUGUUAUCCUUGUAGAUGCUGAGAAGGAUAAGAAGCUUUCUAUGCUAAAACAGUUGAUUGUAGCUCUGGUUAAGGGUCUAAACUCGAAUGCUGCAGCUGUAAUAAAGAAAAUUGCUGGAUUGGUAUCUGAUUUCUACAAGCGGUCAAAUUCGGAAAUAAGCCCCAAGAAAGCUGUCCAGGAAGAAUCCUCACAUCUAUCUGAAAGUCGAGGUGUGCAACUUCUGGGUCAAAUACGGCACGCUUCGUGCAGACCUCGAGCAAUAUUAUUUAAAGUUCUUGCUGAUGCUGUAGGACUGGAGAGUAGGCUGGUGGUGGGUUUACCCACUGAAGGAACUUCUGAGUGUGUGGACUCCCACAAACAUAUGUCUGUGUCAGUCGUUUUGAAUUCUGUAGAAUUGGUGGUUGAUUUGAUGCGGUUUCCUGGCCAACUGAUGCCUCGGUCAACCAAAGCUAUCUUUAUGUCUCACAUAUCUGCUGCCGGGGAGAGCGAUUCUGCAGAAAAUGAUUCUUGUGAUUCACCAAUGGAACCAAACAGCCCCUUGUAUGGGGUUUCAGAGCGACUUGAUCCUGAAAGCGCUGAGAAAGAUGAUGGCCUGCUGUAUCAACGAAGGCUGGAAGCUUAUUCAAAUGCAGCAGGGCCUUCAUUAAGAAAUAUGAUGCUGCGGUCAAAUUCUGUUGAUAGAAAACUGAGCUUGUCGCGCAGUGAACCUAACAUAGCUGCUACAUUUUGGCGAAGGAGUAGGAGAAAGGUCAUUGCUGAACAAAGGACUGCAAGUUCAAGCCCAGAGCAUCCUUCACUUCGUGCACGUGGUCGUUCCAUGCUUAGUGGCGAUAACAAAUCUUUCAGAGAGUAUUCUGUUGAUGAUGGUACAUCCAGGUCAGACGGGGCAUCAUCACCAGACACACGUCGGCUUAGAAGAAGAAGCAUUAGCAUGACCCCUGAGAUCGGUGACGACAUUGUAAGGGCUGUGAGAGCAAUGAAUGAAUCACUAAAGCAAAAUCGUCUUUUAAGAGAACAAGGUGGAAGUGGCUCAUCUAAUUCAGGUCAACCAGAAGAGGUUAAUGACACUCAACCUGAUGACCGUUCCAAAUUGUAUGAUAAUAACUCAACUAUAUAUGUCACUCAGGGGCAGCACAGUUCCCAGAAAGCAAUGUCAUUACCUUCAUCUCCACAUGAGUUCAGAAGUCAGACCCCAGAACACAGUGGGAUUCCCAGGGUAAAUGAGGAAAUGGUUUCAACAUGGAACAGAGUUCUGGACUCACCAAUGUUCCAGAAUAAACCUCUGCUGCCAUAUGAUGAGUGGAAUAUUGAUUUCUCGGAGUUAACUGUAGGCACUCGCGUUGGAAUUGGGUUCUUUGGAGAGGUUUUUCGUGGAGUUUGGAAUGGUACUGAAGUUGCUAUCAAAGUGUUUUUAGAGCAAGAUCUCACUGCUGAAAACAUGGAGGAUUUCUGCAAUGAGAUAUCCAUACUCAGUCGCCUUCGGCACCCAAACGUAAUCCUAUUUCUUGGUGCCUGCACGAGACCUCCACGGUUAUCGAUGGUUACUGAGUACAUGGAAAUGGGGUCAUUAUAUUAUUUGAUUCAUUUAAGCGGUCAGAAAAAGAAACUGAGUUGGCGGAGGAGAAUCAAGAUGCUACGUGACAUAUGCAGAGGGCUGAUGUGCUUACACCGCAUGAAGAUUAUCCACCGCGAUAUCAAAAGUGCAAACUGCCUUGUGAACAAACAUUGGACAGUUAAGAUCUGCGACUUUGGACUCUCAAGAAUCUUUCUUGAAGUACCUGUUAAGGACUCCUCGUCAGCUGGCACACCAGAAUGGAUGGCUCCCGAGCUUAUUCGAAACGAGCCCUUCUCAGAGAAAUGUGACAUUUUCAGUCUCGGUGUUAUAAUGUGGGAGCUCUGCACUCUAAAUAAACCCUGGGAGGGGACUCCACCUGAGCGGGUUGUCUACACCGUUGCAAAUGAGGGAGCACGUUUGGAGAUACCUGAAGGGCCAUUGGGCAGUUUGAUUGCAGAUUGUUGGGCAGAACCCCACGAGCGACCAAGUUGCGAAGAAAUUCUCAACCGUUUGCUCGAUUGCGAGUUAGCGCUUUGCUAACUCGACGCGUUUGUUGUACAGAAAGAGAAACCAUCAUUGUUGAGGUUUUCCAUAUUCUUCGGCUCUAUUUUUCUAACUUUAGUGUGGAUUUUUUCAUGUGAUUGUCUUCGCCUUCGGUUUUUUAAUGGAAACAUGAUGAUUAUGUUUAUGCAA